UAGCUUGACACACUCGUUUCUAAGAGCAGCAUCGUCAUAUAGAGACAUUAGUAUAAAGAUAAAAUGCAUUAUCAGACGGCGCCGUCGUGGGGGGGCUACGUGACGACGGUGGUGGUGGGAGACCCGCUGGAGAGGAUAGAGAGAAUGGCGUCGGAGAACGCGGUGGUGAUAUUCAGCGUAAGCACGUGCUGCAUGUGCCACGCCAUCAAGAGGCUUUUCUGCGGCAUGGGAGUGAACCCCACGGUGUACGAGCUGGACGAGGACCCCAGAGGUAAGGAGCUCGAGAGGGCCUUGAUGAGGCUUCUCGGCUGCUCCUCCGUCCUGCCGGUGGUCUUCAUCGGAGGCAAGCUCGUCGGAACGAUGGACAGAGUCAUGGCCUGCCACAUCAAUGGCACUCUCGUCCCUCUCCUCAAGGAAGCCGGGGCUCUCUGGCUCUAGACGCUUCUUCUUCUUGUUCCUAACACAAACACACACUCGCUCUCUUUCUGAGCGCCACGAGUUAUCGUCCCUUUUCCGAUUCUCUUCUGUUUUGGUCAUACUUGUCGCUACUACUGACUUCUCUAUGAAUCCUUCUGUUACUCCAUUCCUAAGUUUUGAUUUUUGUUUUUUAUUUUUGGCUCGUCGGGGGUGAUAUUUGGUUUUGUGAUGCUUUCUUUGAUUUACCCUCCUUUCUCUGUAAAGAAGAUAAGAGUAAAAUGAAAAAAUAUAUAUGUUUUUUUACA